UGCAGCUACGAAGCAAUGGGUCACCUCUAAACCUAUCUUUUGCCCUCCCGGCUGUCUGUCUAUACAUUGCUCCUUAAUUUGCAGCAAGUGUCAAACAUUAGACGGCUUCACUCCGUGUGACCCUUUGUAAGAAAAUAACGCCUUCCUAACGUUUCAAACCUGCCAGAUCUCCAUUGGGGAGCUGCCACACUUCCGCCUUAUAUUGCCGAGCACGCCCACUGCGCACCCUCUUUUAAUACUUCUGUUGACUUACAACCGGACGUGGAGACUGAUUUGAGUUUUUAAAGAAACUUCAGAAAUGCUUCUGUGUCUGGUCUCUUUGAUCACCAUUUUAUUUUUGUGUCGCUGGCUGAGAGCGAGAAAGCGAGUCUCUGGAAUAUCUAAUAAAUACGUGUUCAUCACCGGCUGCGAUUCUGGUUUUGGAAACUUACUAGCCAAACGCCUGGACCAGUUAGGCUUUCGAGUGUUCGCUGCCUGUUUCACUGAGAAGGGUGAGGAUGAGCUGAAGAAGACAACGUCUGAUAAACUUGUAACCGUUCAUUUGGAUGUGACCAAGUCGGAAAGCAUCCAGAGAGCCAUAGAACUGGUUAAGUCUCAGGUGGGACAGGCUGGUCUUUGGGGACUGGUCAAUAAUGCUGCAGUUGGAACCCCCUUUGGUCCCUGUGACUGGCUCAAUGUGCAGGAAUUCAGAAGCAUGUUUGAUGUCAACUUCUUUGGAUUGGUCGACGUCACCCUGGGCUUUGUUCCCCUCAUAAAGAUGGCCAAAGGAAGAAUCGUGAAUGUGUCAAGUGUGAUAGCAAGAAUAAGCCUUCCUGCGGCACCAUACUGUGCAACCAAAAGUGCUGUGGAAAGUUUCACCGACAGCCUUAGGAAGAACAUGGCCUAUUUUGGCGUUAAAGUUUCAUGCAUUGAGCCUGGGUUCUUCAAAACAAGCAUUAUAACUUCAGAGUUGUUCAAAAGUACCUCUGAGCAGCUUUGGGAGAGACAAACCGAAGAACUGAAGGAAGAAUAUGGGAGAGAUUAUUUAGAAAAAGUUGUGAAAAAUGUGGGAAAGCAGAUAAACAGUUAUGCAGACCCGGACCUGAUGAAAGUGGUGAGCUGCAUGGAGCAUGCUGUUUCAGCUGAACAUCCUUGGACUCGCUAUGCACCUGGAUGGGAUGCCAAAUUUUUUUGGAUUCCACUUUCCUACAUGCCAACUGUCAUUAUCGACUACGUAUUCAGCCAGACCAUGGUCAGACCAGCCAAGUCUGUGUAUUGAAUUCAGGCUACAGCAGCAUUCUGGGACCUGGGCCUCUCCACUGGGACUGAUGAUCUGCUAAGUUUUCUGCAAAUGUGUAACAGCUGAAAACAGAGACGUAGUUCUGAUAAAUUGUUAUGCAAUAAAUACCAUUUUUCACACUU